AUGAUUUCAUUUCCAAACUCUUCGCCGUCGUCGGAAAUACCUACCCGAGCAUUGACUCUGGAGGAAAUGAUCGCCCAAAAUGAUGCGGAAAUUGAUGAAGCGAUUAGGAAGGGUACUGUAGAUUAUUCGGUCUUGUAUGACGAUGAUGAGGACAAGGAGCCAUUUGAGGAUAAUUUUGAUGAGAGUAGUGAUGAACAGGUGGAUUACGAGGAAAUUGAAGAAGAGAGAAAAUCUUGGGCAAAGAAGAAAAAGCGUCACGGACAUGCAACUUUAAAGAGAAACAAUUAUGAUGAUUUAAAUUUAUAUUCUGAUGAUAUGGUGUUGCUCGCAAAAAUCGAACAGAGAAAAUUUAAUUGGUAUCUUAAGAGAGGACUUGCUGAACAAAUUAAUGAAAACAGUAUCAAACUCGUGUUUAAACCAAAAGGAUAUGGGCACACGGACGAUGCAUUCUACAUGUCGAAAAUUGAUAAUAUUUGUGUUGCGUGUGGAAUUGACAAGGACCUCACUAGACACCACAUUGUGAGCUUUGAAUAUAGAAAAAAUAUGCCCGAGUUUGUAAGAUCUCACUCUAGCCAUGACAUUUGUCUUUUAUGUGCUCAUUGCCACGAAGAGUAUGAAACAGAAGCAUUCAAGUUGAGAAAACAAAUAUCAGAGCAAUUCAAUUCGCCACUGGGAGGUGUGGGAAUGACCAAGAAUUUGCAUUAUGCAGCUGCUAAAAAAGCAGCCAAUGCUCUCCUUAAAUGUCGUGACAUACUUCCAAGCAAUCGUGUUCAAGAUUUGGAGAAGGAAUUGAGAAAAUUCCUAAAAUCUUGGAAAGAAUGCGUUUCUGCAGUUGGCGAUGAUGCCAGACAAACCAUCAACACUCAAAACGUUUUGAAUGAAGAAGAAGAUUCAGAAAAUCCAAUACCAAAGGAACAGUUAGAAAUGGUUUUAACGGUUCAAGUGAACGACAAGACCAUGUUCGUUUCUCAUGGCGAAGGAGUUAUUAAGGCCAUGAAGCAACAAUCAGCCAAUGAUGAAGACUAUUUGAACAAAUUGGAUGCUUUUUGUCGAAUGUGGAGACAGCAUUUUGUCGAUGUCCUUCAACCCAAGUACAUGAAUCCACACUGGAAAGUAGACAAGAGGAUUCGACGUGGAGAACAGGACGAUCCAAAUAAGAGAAUUCUCAUCAGCGAGUGA